CAAACAACCAACCUUCCCCCCCUCUCCCCAUACCAUACAAAAAAAGAAAUGGCACCCACCAAAAAAACAAUCUGCAUAAUCGGCAUAACAGGUAACCAAGGCAACUCUGUCGCCCAACGGUUUUUGGGGGACCCAACCUACCACGUCCGGGGCCUGACCCGCAACCCACGCUCCCCAGCAGCGCAGACCCUCUCCGCACAAGGCGUCGAGCUCAUAACCGCAGACCUCAACGACCCCACCACGCUGACCCCAGCCCUACGCGGCGCGAACCUCAUCUUCAGCGUCACCAACUACUGGGAGCCGUUCCCCAGCGCCGAGGGGCGUCAACAGGCCGCCGACGCAGGCAUCUCAUGCCGCGAGCACGCCUACCGCGUCGAGCUGCAACAAGGCAAGAACAUCGCCGACGCGGCCGCGCAGACAGUCGACUCGCUGGAUGAGAAUGGGUUAAUUGUCUCCACGCUAAGUCACGCGCGGAAGUGCAGUGGUGGGCGGUUUGAGGAGUUGUAUCAUUUCGAUGCGAAGGCAGAGGUGUUUCCUGUUUAUGUGGAGAGAAAGUAUCCUGCGCUUGCGCGGAAGAUGUCCUGUGUACAGACCGGGUAUUUCACGUCCAGUUAUCGGCUUGUCCCGGGGGCCUAUUUUGGGAAGGCGAAAACGGACGCAGGAGAGGAUUGCUUCGAGAUGACGUUUACGACGGCGCCGGACGCGGCGGUGCCUCAUCUCGAUGUGCAGGGUGAUUUGGGUGGCUUUGUUCAUGCGGUUGCGCAGAUGCCUCCCGGACGGAGUUAUAUGGCGUGUGGGUCGAGUUGUAGCUGGACCGAGUAUAUGAGGAUCUGGGGCGAGGUGAACUCCGUCGCGGCGCGGUAUCGGCAGAUCACGCUCGAGGAGCUCGUUGAACGAGCGCCGGAUCCGGAGUUUGGGCGUGAGGUCGGAGAUAUGUUCUCUUAUUCUAGUGAUCCGGGGUAUGAUGGAGGUGAUAAGAGUUUGUUGAAGGCCGAGGAUAUUAGACGGGCAGGAAUUGAUUGUCCGAUGAGUAGCCUGGAAGAUUGGAUAAGGAGGGAAAAUUGGUCGAGUAUUGUGGGGUGAGCAUUGGCAAUCAUUCAAUCUAUUGCAGGAUGAAUGUCAAACUAAAGGAUCUCGGAUGCCAUCAAUGGGCGGGGAUGUAUGUCAUAUACGCUGAGGGUGAAUUUGUAGCCCGGCCGAAAGUCCUCAGGAAUUCUGAUAUUCUAGCUUCCCCCAACUCUAGAGCGUCAAUGGCAGGAUCGCG